AUGGCCGGCAACGUCUCUUCUGGAGGCGGCGAUGCCUUCGAUGGCUUGCUCAGAACAGAAACCGCCUCGGUCGACCAGAAGCUGGCCGCUGGGGAGGAGCAGGCCCUUGCCCAGACGCGGAAUAUGGACCUCCUGUCGCACAAUGGCACCCUCCCCGUCACCGUCUCCUCCGUGCAAGUCCACGGCGCCAGGAACACCCGGAAAUCCUUCCUCAACCCGCUGUUCGAGCCCCUGGUCGAGGGCAGCAGGAACACCACCUACACCCUCGCCGAGAUGCUCGACGAGAUAGGCGCCGCCGUCGGAAAGCUCCAGAAGUUCGACAUCUUCCACGACCAGAUCCACGUCCACCUGUCCCAGCCCUCCCAGGUCGACCCCUCCACCUCGCCGACCGAUCUCGACGUUGCCCUCCGCGUCCGCGAGAAGUCCAGGGUCUUCCUCAAGACCGGCACCGACCUCGGAAACACCGAGGGUUCUGCCUACGGAACCAUGCUCCUGCGGAACCUCUUUGGUGGGGCCGAGUCGCUCGCCCUCAACGCCUCUACGGGGACCCGUACUCGCUCCGCCUACAGUGCCGAGUUCGCUACCCCCGUGCUCAGCAACCCCGACCUUCGCCUGAGCUUUGAGGGCCUGGCCAGCAGCACACACAAGCCCUGGGCCAGCCACGAAGAGGCCGUCAAGGGUGGAGGCGUGAAGCUGAACUGGACGAGCCCGGCGGGAGACAGGUAUCAGGUGGGCUACACCGGCGCAUGGCGUCAGCUUACCGGCCUGGGCGAGCGUGCGAGCCCCACCGUUCGCGGGGAUGCCGGGGACUCCGUCAAGAGCGCCCUGUCCUGCUCCUUCUCCAGAGAUCGCAGAGACAACCCCAUGCUGCCCCAGAGCGGUUACCUGAUCAAGACAGCAACCGAGCUUGCCGGCUGGGGGUCGCUCGGCGGCGAUGUUGCCUUUUCAAAAAGUGAGAUGGAGCUCGGCGGCGCAGUGCCCGUGCCUGUGCCGGGAGUGCAAGGAAACUCGGGCAUCUCGAUAGGUGGCGGUCUCCGUGCUGGCAUGCUCUACCCGCUCCCGUUGGGUUACGGGCUCAGCGGUGCCAAGCCUAGUCGGAUCAACGACCGAUUUGCGCUGGGAGGACCGACUGAUGUGCGAGGCUUCUCCCUCGGCGGUCUUGGGCCCCGAGACGGGCGGGAUGCACUUGGUGGAGACGUCUUCGCCGCAGGAAGCGUAAACAUGCUCUUCCCCCUACCCAGGGUCGGCCCCGACAGCCCGUUCCGCAUCCAACUAUUUGCCAGCGGCGGCCGCUCCGUCGCUCUGAGGAGUAGGGUCAAGGGCAAGGAGACGCCGGCAGGUCAAGGACUGGACGCAGGUACGGUGUGGGACGGCAUGGUCUCGGCCACCAAAGAUCUGUCCACGGGACUGCCGAGCAUUGCCGUCGGCCUUGGGUUGGUCUAUGCGCACCCGGUCGCGCGCUUCGAGGUCAACUUCAGCUUACCGCUGGUUGUGAGACGUGAGGAAGAGAAGCUCAAGGGCUUGAGUGUCGGCGUCGGCAUCAACUUCUUGUGA